GACGGCACCCUCACGGAAAUAUUCAGCUUGAGAGAAAUAGUUAAGCUGGAGGGAUGCUUCCACUAAAAGUAGAAGUUCCUCCAAAUCCAAUAUUACGUGUCCAGCAUGACAUUUCUCGUUGGGAUAUUAGACUAAUACCAGAGGGUCUCCAUAUCUAUGUGCAUCGGCCUGGGUACACCCACCAUGGAAUAUAUAUAGGCGAUGGGAAAGUCAUUCACUUCGUAGGCCCGAAAGCCGGACCCACAAGGGCUUGCAAAAAAUGUGGCUUCUCAAGAAAUACGGGCCAUGGAGUGGUGGAAACUUGUCUUGAGUGCUUCCUCGAUGGAGGAUCCCUCUGUCGAUAUAAUUAUAAUGUGCCCAGAGUAAGGCUUCUUAUCACUUUUCAUACCAUGUGCCCUAAUUGCACCACCACUGAGAGAUUGGAAUCGGGGAGGGAAAUUGUUGCGACUGCAAAAGAAAAGUUGAAAGAAGGUUUCGGCAAAUAUAACCUCUUGUCUAACAACUGUGAGCACUUCGCAACAUUCUGCAGUACAGGAACUGCCUUCUGUCAGCAAGUUAAAUAUACAGCAGAACUUGCUGCAUUCCCUGUUCUGCCGCGACCUGUUGGUUUGCUUAUGUUUUACAGGGACCUCAUUUAAAGACUUUGGAUGUUAAGAGGAUGACAAGAGGGAAAAAACCAUUUCAAGUGUCUGUCUAGCAUCAUAAUUAGCAGCACUUCAUCAUCAUGUAUUACUCAUAAAUCAUACAUUCUAGCAUGCACGAAAACACCUGGCUAUAGCCAGGUCCCUCUCCCAAUCAUAGAAGGAGAGGUUUGUACGUAGCUUGGUACAUGGCAAGCUUCGCAUAUAAUAAAACCAUUAUAAUUUACCUA